CGUGUGAGUUGAAGUUUGGUGGCUGGUCCAACAACGGUAACACAUUGGAGAUGGAACAGAUCCCUGUGAAUGUAGAUGAGAAACCAAUGCCUCGGAUAAACUCCCGCGGGCAGGAACAUCUCUUUCUCCAGAACGGCUUAGGUUUAUCAUUUUAUCAUAAGAGCGCUGAAUGGGAUUUAUUGGAAGCAACUUCUUCGCGAUAUUCAGAGUUGUAUCAAGGUUGUUGUGGCGAUGACUUGUAUAUUGAUAUUAGGUACAAAAUCGUGAUUCGAAGAAAAGCUAUUUUCUUCACCGUCAUGCUAACAAUUCCAUGUAUGUUGAUAGCCAACGUCACGCCAUUUGUUUUCCUUAUCCCACCGAAUGAGCACAAAAUUGGAUUCUCGGUCUCUGUUUUUGUGGCUUUUACUGUUUUCUAUCUUGUUUUGAUAGAAUUAAUUCCUCCAACUUCCUUGGUCAUUCCCUUAAUUGGCAAAUAUCUCUUCUUUACUCUAUUAACUGUUACUUUGGCUAUUUUAAUAAGUGUUGUUAAUAUCAAUGUCUAUAGGAGACAAGCAUUUGCAUCUGAAAUGUCUCACUGGCAGCGAUGCAUAUUCGUUCGAAUUUUACCCAAAUGGCUAUGUCUCAAAGGUUUGCAGACUGAUCAAACAGAAGUAGGAAGCACUUUAGCCAGUACGAGCACUUACCGCUUAGCUACAAGCUCUCAAAUCAAACCAGACUCCCCACUAAUCCCACCUCAACGACUACGCUUGCUGAGCUUAGUGCAGAUGGAUGUAGCAUUGAAACAAAAAAACAAAAUAGAUAAUUUGAGUUUAUUCCGUAUCAUUUCUGGUCAACUCAAUAUAAUAGCAGCUAAUUUCCAUAAUCAACAGAUGGAAGGGAAGAUCACAGACGAAUGGCGUUUGAUGUCUUUAGUAGUUGAUCGUCUCUUUUUGGUUAUUUACCUUAUUAGCAAUGCUGUUAUGAAUGUUUGGUUCAUUAUGAAUUCACCAACACUCUUUGACAAUCGUCCAGCUUUAGGCCAGGAAAUGCCUUUCAAGCCUCUCAGUGGAUCUUCUGCUUUCAUAAAUUACGAUUAA